UUCCUUAAAGCCACCCCCCCUCCUCCCUUAUCCUCCCUCCCUCACUCCCUCUGUCUCUCUCACUGCAUUAAAAAAAAAACUCCAUUUCAAGAAACUCUCUCUCUCUCUCUCUCUCUAUUUUGGUGAUCAUAGAGAGAAGAAAAGACCCACCACAACAGAUUAAACUAAGCUCCCAUCACUCUCUCUCUCACAAACAACAAAAAAAAAAAAAUUACAGAGAGAGAGAGCUUAUCACAUGUGAUCAUGGAUUUUCCUUUCCAAUUGCUUGAAAAGAAGGAAGAAGAAGAAGAAUCACCAUGCUCAACUUCCGCCAACCCAUCUCCGCCCAUCGCCACUGUCUCCGCCGCAGGAGAGACCUCAAAAAAGCCGACUCCUCCUAAGAGGACAACCACCAAGGACCGCCACACCAAAGUCGACGGGCGCGGGCGGCGCAUCCGCAUGCCGGCGGUGUGCGCCGCCAGGGUCUUCCAGUUGACUCGAGAACUGGGUCACAAGUCCGACGGAGAAACCAUCGAGUGGCUCCUCCAACAGGCCGAGCCCUCAGUCAUAGCCGCCACCGGUACCGGUACAAUUCCGGCCAAUUUCACCUCCCUCAACAUCUCGCUCCGGAAUUCCGGAUCCACCCUUUCCGCACCGUCUCGCUUCAACAGCUCCAAUUUCUCGAUACCAUAUCGCAGGAGUUUUUUCCCGGAAAGUUCGCCGUCGACGACUCUUCUCAGUUUCCAAACAACCCAUCAGGAGGCGGAGGCGGAGAGUAUGGAGCGGAAACGGGCGGCUGAGCGCCACCACGAACAAAUGGGUGGUGGGUAUUUGUUGCAGUCGACCACUGCGGCCGCUGCCGGAGUUGCGCCGCCGGUUAGUCAGAGUUCGAUUCCAGCGAAUUUUUGGAUGGUGGCAAAUAAUUCUAGUAAUAACCAAGUGAUGAGUGGUGGUGGGGGUGGUGAUCCUAUAUGGACAUUUCCUUCGGUGAAUAAUAGUGGUUUGUAUAGAGGAGGUACAAUGUCAAGUGGGUUACAUUUUAUGAAUUUCCCUACUCCAAUGGCCCUCUUGCCUACCCACCAACUUCGUGGCGGCGGUGGCGUUGAUAGUAGUAGUGGUAAUAGUGAUGGUAAUGGUGGUCAUAUGACCGACGGAUAUUUGGGUAUGCUUGCUGGAUUAAAUCCAUAUUCAUAUCCAUAUUCAUAUCGAUCAUAUGAUAUUUCAGAAUCACAAAUAAGUGAGUCUCACUUACAUCACGAAAAUGAUGACCGACACAAUACAACUAGUCACCACUCAUAAAUUUUGGCCAUGUUUGUUUACAUGAGGUUUGAUUUGCUCAAAGAAUUAGAGUUUAUUUUAUUUUGUUUUUGUAUUUGUGUGUGUGAUAAUAUGGGUUUUUUAGGGUUUGAGAAGAGAAUAUCUUAACAUGGGUUAAUGUUUUUAUUUUUAUUUGUUGGCUAAAAAACUCAUUUGGUUUUUUCAGUAUACUAUUUCAUCAACAUUGUUUGUGCAAUUUUUUUUCCCCGUAAAGCUAUUUGUAAUUUUCAUGCUUUGUUAAUGCAUGUUAUGAAGAAAUUCUAUAA